AUUCAUUUCGUCUCUAUCCCCUCUCUCUAUCUCUCUCUCUCUCUCUCUCUCUAUUUUCGAUUGUCUUUCAAUUCCUCUGGCUUCAGCUUCUGCAAUUCGCUGUUAAAACCUGAGGGGAACAACUCAAGGACUCCGCUACUCACAAACCCAAUAACCAAACGGGUGCUGGAGAGUUUGAUUCAGUUUAAGUCCUUAAAAUGCAUCCUCCAUUAACGUUACACAAGCACCCCAUGUGUGCACAAAUCAUUGAGGAGUUUCAGAAAUGUCAUUUAGAUCAUCCUUUUGCAAAAUUCAUUGGUGAAUGUACAGAUCUCAAAAUAAAGCUUGAUCGCUGUUUUCGGCAGGAAAAAGCGUUGAAGAGGAAAGCCAACUUUGAACAGAGUAAAAAAUUGAGGGACAGGCUACAAGCUUCAAGGAAGGAAACUGCUGAGGCGAUCACUGAAUAGGCAUGCAAUCCUAAUGGCAAACUCCGAGGCAUUCAUUUAGUGAAAGCAAAAAGUUGUUCUAGAACUCACAAUAGUUUGAAAUAGGUGAAUUAUAAUGCACUAUUUUGGUACUACAGAUUGGAUAUGUGAUUGAAUUCAAGUCCAUGCUAUGCUGAUGAUUAUAUAGUAUCUGCUUUCAUUUCUUUGGUUGGAGGAAA